ACGGGUACUCCGUCGCCGAGAUCGCGGUUGAAUACUGUGAAAGCGGCCUGCAACGCGUGCCGGAAAUACAAAUCCAAGUGCUCUGGUGAGAGACCGUCAUGUAGUCGUUGUCUUGAGAAGGGCCUUUUGUGCCAUUACAUGACGCGACCAGGAGAGUCACGAAUGCAGGCCUUCAACCGGAACCACCAUGACCUGCAGGGUCGAGCAACGGUCCACGAAGAGAUUUUCAACCUGCUCAAGACCCUUCCGGAGCGUGAUGCACAGGAAAUAUUGACGAGGAUCAGAUCCGGCAUCGACGUCCAAACUGUUCUGAACCAGGUCAAGGCCGGCGAUCUUUUGCUCCAAGUGGCCCUAGUUCCCGAGACCAGGCUCCGAUAUGAGUUCCCGUAUCGAUCUGAGAUGCCCGCAGAUUACGCCCGAGACAACCCGUAUCUCGAUUCAUUGAUUUUUGAAGGGGCUUCGCUCUACUCGACGAGUCAAGCCUCGGACCAUGUUACACCCCGACUCAUGACUAACCUGGGCUCUGAGGAGCAACAAAGCCUCUACCUGAAGCCUUUUCACGCAGCACAUGUUGCUGAGCCUCUUCUCUCCAACGUCAAGCCAUCGUUAUGGACCCCAGUGUGCAAUGACGAUGCCCUCAUGCGAGAUCUCCUCGGCGUGCUGUUCCGCUGCGAAUACCAAUUCACGGCAGCGUUCCAGAAGGAUCUAUUCCUUGAGGAUAUGGCUGCGAAGCGAAAGGACUUUUGCUCGUCUCUCCUCGUCAAUAUUGUCCUUGCUUAUGCUUGUGUCUGCUACCCGGGCUUCUCUAACCGUGCCGAGUACUGGAACCCCAAUACUCUUACAUACCGCUUUCUCGCAGAAGCAAAGCGUCUAUGGGAGCUAGAAUGUGCAGAACCGUGCAUCACGACUAUACAAGCUGGUAUACUCUUCAGCGUCAUUCACAACCUCUGUGGGCUGGAUGAGAUUGGACAGCCAUACAGGAUUCAUGCUGUUUCGUUAGCUCACGAGCUUCGAAUCUUUGACGUGAUGGACGUACGAAGUCAAAGAAUGCAGAAUGGUAGAGCAUAUACGGCGUGGGCUUUCCUCGUCGCCUUCUCCUUCAUGAUCCCGCCAUUGCUAAAGAAGCCUCCAGAGUGGGCAUUACCAGACCCAGCAAGGAAUGUGCAAUGGUACGGCGAGAUAUGGAUAAAGUAUCCGAUGACCAAUGGCCUCUCGCCAUCCUACUUUUCUCACGUCUUCCGAGCAAGAUGCCAUUUCCGGAUCAUCAUGAAUGAGAUUUGCGAUGCAGCCUACUCGGAAGGGUCUGGGAUAACUCUUGACAAAGCUAAUGGGUUCCGUGAACGACUGGAGAGCUGGUAUAGAAGUCUACCUGUACCGCUCCAGCCUAGGACCAUCGUUCUUCCCGGCCAUCUCCAACUUCACAUCUACUAUCACCACCUCUUGCUUACCCUCUACGAGCCGUUGUGUGAUGUGACGACAACCGAACACCCUUCUCCGCAGCAAAUUGUUGGUGAUGCUAAGAAACACCUCCAGACUCUUGUCAGACUCUACUAUCUCCGACACGGAUUCGAAGCCAUGGAUCUCUUUGUUGUUAUCCCCCUUAUGCUCACCGGUUAUGACUGCAUCGAUUCCAUUGGAGACGAAACACCUGCCACCGAACUUGAAACACUGCGAUCAACCCUCAUUUUGAUUGCACAGGGUCUAUGCAGCCAACGACGGAACCAUUACUUGGCGGAAGCGCUGUUCCGGGUUAUCCGGGGCCGCAUGAGACCACAGGAACUCGCCUUGCUGAAAGGCACCAUGAGCCUAGAGGAACAAGAGGCGGUCAACGAACUGGACGACAUGCAACCUGUUCGGAGUCAUUGGCCAGUGAGCGUUGUUAAAAAGCAGGAAGAUGUGGAU